AUGCGCCAAAUGGCUGAUGUGGGUGGCCUCGCGGGCCCCCUGCGAGCCUGGAGCCCCCUUCCCGAGGGGCCCGCCUCUGGCCCCCAGCGAUUGCGGGUGUCUGAGGCUCUGUGCUGCCGUGACCGUGGGGCCCCAGCGACACCAGUCAUUCCGGUGGGGACGCGGGAGCUUGUGGCCUCGCCUCCCCGAGGCGGCCCCCCGGGUCGGCCACGCAGCCGCAGCCCAGCGACCGUGAGGCCCCCUCUGAUCGGGACGCGGGCCGGGCCGGGCGAACGUGCAGCUGAGGAGGAGCUGGAUGGUGUGGAGGGUGUGGCGGGGGGUGUGGUGGGGGGGGCCUUCAUGGUCACUGUGGCCGAGGCCACAGAUUCCAGCUCCCGGCGAGCACGCUCUCUCGCCUUCGCCAGCCUGUCCGGACGCUGCCGGCUCCGGGCCUGGGGCCGUGUCCGCCCCUCAUGGUGGCAGAGCUGGGAUCCGAGUGCUGGAGCUCGGGGACAGCCGCUCACCUUGAGCCCAGAAGAGGCAGGAGGCGAGGGGAGGUUGUGCUUGCCGGGCGCGCAGUCCAAGGGGAGGCAGAGACGCCGUCUCGGACCACCGCUGGCGACGCCCUCUGCGUGCUGCCGCCCACCUGGCCCGACGCCAGCGGACCAGCCUCAUCCGCACUGCCGGCUGGACGUGGGGACUCCUUGUAACACCUGGAAAGCUCAUUUCAGAUCUGCGGCAGGAACUAGGACAACUCACACGGCGGGCCUCGGGUUUGCCGGGAGCCCGAGCCCCGAGCCAGCCGCUGACCCCGCCUGUCCUCGGGGCACAGGGGAGCCAGCAAACCCCCAGCCGCCCAUGAGGCCAGCGGGGGUCCAGCUCCGGUCACAGGAAAAACUAGUGAUUUUGCCAACUUCCUGGAUGUUCAUUUCUGGUUCUGCACAAAAGAGCCACAUUUCCUUUUGGAUCCGGGAUCAGGAGACAGACAGCAGCAGAUCCGGGAAACACUCGCGGCCCCACGGGGAGGGGUGUGCUCGCCAACUGCGUGACUGCAGGUUUCAUUCCGAGGCUCCGAAAGAUGGCGAAAGUAAACAGAAGUAG